AUGUUUACUAAUCAUACUUGCUUGCACGUCUCCAAUCUCGCCAAGUCUGUCCAAUGGUACACCAACACGUUCGCCAUGAAGACAGUGAAGCAAUUGGAGACUUCGAAGUACAAUUCUGUGUUUGUUGCGUUUGAUUCUGCUGGACAUCCGCAUGCGGGGAAACCACUUGCCCAGAGAGACGGAGUUGUUGAACUUCGUAAGCUGAAGAACUCCACUGCCAAGGUGUACGACGGCAAUUCUGAGCCAUACAAGGGGUUCGGCCAUCUGUGUGUUUCUGUGAACAACAUUGCCAAGGCCCAACAAGAUUUUUUGACCAAAGGUGUUGAUUUCAAGAAGAAGCUCGAGGAUGGACGUCAGAAGAACAUUGCGUUCGUUCUUGAUCCAGAUGGAUACUGGAUCGAGCUGAUCGAGAACGCUUUGGACAAGUCGUCUGAAGUUAAUCCUGUUGCCUACAGAUUGAACCACACCAUGAUCAGAGUCAAGGAUCCAAAGGUUUCCUUGAAGUUCUACCAAGACGUGCUGGGAAUGAAACUUUUUAGCACAAGGGACUUCCCUGCCGCCGACUUCACACUGUAUUUCCUCGGAUACGAGCACGACAAGUCGUACGUGGAAAACAAAGAGGACUCUUUGGUCCAGGCUGCCAGACAGUCGAUCGUGGAGCUCACCCACAACUACGGCACCGAGUCUGACGCCUCGUUCAAGGGCUACCACGUCUUUGACAAGGAUACCGAUAAAGCAAUUGGAUUUGACCACAUUGCUGUGUCGAUCGACGACAUUGAAAGCACGAUUGCUAAAAUCGGCUCGGGUGGCAACUGGAUUACCAAAUUCAAUCAGGACCCAGAGCUUAAGGGAACUGGUUUGUUGACCGACCCUGACGGAUACAAGAUCCAGAUCCAGUCGUUCGAUGCUUUCCAGUAA